AUGGACAAUCAUAAAGCUCAUCCGAUUCUUUCUCAAAUCCCUUUAAUCAUUUCUCCUUUUUUGCAUCCUCCAAAGGCGGUCACUUUACCCUUUAACUUUAACAAACUACCAUCAGCCCUCCCAGCAUCAGCAGUCACUUCCGAAGCAGUUGACUACAUUUCCACGGAUUCGCAACAAUUUGCAGAAUUUGUUGAAAACCAGCACAUUCAAAGAAAACAACAUUAUGAACAGUGGAUAAAUGAUGUAGUUCAGCAAGACUUGAGAGAAAAACGUAAAAUUGCUCCAGGGUAUCUCGAUUCAACAAACAGAAUACUGCAACCUGUCAAGGUAGAAACAAAGAGCACACCCGAGCCGGAGAGAGCAACUUUGAACCAAGUUAACGAGAUAGACAAAAUGUUUGGGAAGGUUGAAAUUUCUUCUGGAAGCACUCCACAGAGCCCCCAAUGA